AUGAAAAAGUUUAUCAACAGCCAAUCUAGCGAUACAGACUCUGGGCGAUUUUCCGGAGGCGCAACCUCCUCUGACUCUUCGUUCCGCAUUCAAGAUGUCAACAGUACCCUGCUUAUCAAGAUAUCAAUAACUCCUUUAUCAAAACAAGUUUAUGCUUCAGUGUCAUCGAAAGCCUUAGUAAAUCAUGUCAAACAGAAACUGCUUCAAGAGUUUGGAUCUCAGAUUACUGACAGCAUAAAUUGUGGUCUUUUUGUACCUCCGUCCAAUGGGAGGAACGGGAAGUUCCUCGAAGAAGACCGUCCGAUUUCUGCCUAUGUUACCGACAAUUUGAGCUCCAACCUUGAAUUUACUCGAAAAAGGCGACUUUGUUCUCCAUCACAACUAAUCUCACCAUUAGAAGAUAAGUCAAAAAAUAUCCCUCAAUCUUUUCUCCGUGCUGUUUCGCGAGGCGAUAUCAAAAAAGUCGAAAAGUAUCUUUCAAAAGGAUUUGAUCCCAAUUUCAUUUGUCCAAGGACAGAUGAAUCUCCCUUAUCUGUGGCCGUCUCAAGGCCAAGACCAUUAGAGAUGAUAAAGGCAUUAAUCUCGGGUGGAGCACACAAAGAUUUCCGAACUAGAAAUGGAUUAACUCCACUGCAUAAAGCUGCCUUCAUAGGCAAUUUCGAUGCGGUCAAAGCUCUACUUGAUUUUGGACAAUCUCCCAAUACUUUGGAUGCCAAUGGCUUGACUCCACUCUAUCAUAACAUCCUCGGUGAUGUUGAUACAAGAAUUUGCCACAGACUGCUGUACGAGUAUGCUCAGAUAGAAAUAUACGACUCGGAUGGAAAGCAGGAGAUUCACCAGGCUGCUUUACUGGGUCGCACGGAUCAAAUCAACCUGUUAAUAAUGUACGGUGCAGACGUAAAUGCUAGAUCCCUUCCACGCCCACCUCUUGAUCCCCCAGGUCUUCCAGCACUUCCCACUCGCUCAACAAACAAGCCAAGUCAACAGGGAGGUCAAUCAAAUUGGGGACAGCUGCAGUUGCAUCGGAUAACUGGAUGCGGACGAGAGACACCUUUGCACUAUGCAGCCAUAGCAGGACAGUGUGCAACGGCCAGACGUCUCCUUUACUGGGGUGCUGAUCCAACUCUCACUAACGAUGAUGGGCGCACACCCGUCCAGGAAGCACGGCUUCAUGGUAAUCUCGAGGUCGUUGAAAUUAUACGCAACUUUCGAGGAGGUGCUGGUGCCAGUGUGAGGGGAAUUGGUGGCUCAGAGGGCAGUAUUUGUGGACCUUUCCUUCCAGCUCCAACCUACAACCAAAAACGCAAGCCAAUGACGGCACCUCUGCAAGCAUCUCCAUUGGACCACUAUGUGACCUUGACAAUGUUGGGACCUGAACGCAAAGGUCCCUCAAAGAGCGUCACCAUACCCUUCCCCGUUAGCCCAUCCCGAAAACAGGCCUCUUUAGUAGUUACCGAUGGCCAUCCCCCACACCAAAAUCAUCCACCCUCACCAUCACCAUCCCCUUCACCCCUGUGCCGUCUUAGAGAUCGAGCGUGUUCUGAAGGCGAUCUCAUGCGCUUUCUGGAGGAGGAAGAGAAGAAUAGUAAUGAGAAGAGGGAUACGGAGGAUCAAGCAAGCGCUCGCGUUGUCCAGUCAUCUCGAGAAAGGCCCAACUAUCGUCAUAUUCGACGUCAGAAGAUCGUGCGUGGAUUAACCGAUGUUUUAAACGCAACUGACCGAUCUACAAGCCCGAAUCACAACUGUCGACGCCUGAGAAGUUGGAAGUCGUCUCACACUCUCAACGAGGACUCAAAUCUGGAAGAUGAUGAGGUGGCUGACAUGAUACCCGCUAUGGUAAAGGGUCGACCAAAGUCGCGAAUGACCAGUCCUCAAAUCGGUGAUGUGGAUACACUGGCCUUAAGUCGAUUUAGAACUGCUCCGGCUUCAAAUCUUUCACCCGAAAGACCCUGGUCUUCCCAAGACUCCUCCUCCACAGCCGCACAUCUUGCCAGAAGAGAGUUAGUCUGCUUAUCAUGA